CUCCUUCUCCUCCUCAAGGGCCUCCUCUUCUCACCACAUCCUUUCCUCCAGACCUUCCCAAGGGGCCUUCUCUUCUCUUUACCCUUGUCCCCAUUUGUGUCCCCCAGACCCUCCAGUGGAGGCCACCGCCCUCAGUCCCCCAUCACCCUCCACCGCUCCUGCUUCCACCCCUGCCUGUGGGGCCUGGAAGCCGGAAAGGAAAUGACUGAGCUGCUCUGGUCCCCGCCCGCCCUUGCCCGCGCCCCUGGCCACACCCUCCGCCCUGAGGCAGCUCCCACGCGGGACUCUCACACUCCAAGCUAGAGACCCUGGGCUCCGACGUAAGUCCCUUCUUUGCUCUACCCUCUUGCUGAGGACCACGCAUGCAGAUGUCACCGUCCAGUUGUUUGUGUCUGCUCACCUUUAUCGCCCUGGUUCUGCCCAGCAGAGGGCAGAUGCCAGCAAAGGCCACACCAGGUUCUGCGGUGGACCAGACUUCCGCGGAUACUCCAGUCCCAGUUCCAGAUGAAACCAACCCAGAAGUCCAGCCUACCCCUCCCAUUCCGAUGGGGGAAACUGAUGACCGUGUGAACCACAAUGUGGAGGGAGCCCUGCCUGGCAGUUCUGUGGCCAUCUCAUCCCCUCACUCCUGUCCCUCCCCUCCUUGUCUUCUCACUGGAGUAGAAGCCACGCAAAGCCAGACUGCGGCCAAAACCGAGAUCCAGCAACCGACAGGAAUGGACACCAUGAAUCCGGCAACACAGCCAGGGACACACAUGAGCAGAGAGAAAGACUCGAAUGAGAACAACCCCUUCUACUACGAUGAUUUCACUCUCAGGAAGCGGGGACUCCUGGUGGCAGCGGUGCUGUUUAUCACCGGCAUUAUCAUCCUCACCAGUGGGAAGUGUAGACAGUUGUCCCGAAUGUGCCUGAAUCGCCACAGGUGAGUGGGGACUGACACCCCGAUGGGCAGCCCAGCUGGAGCCUCCAUGCCACAGCAGCUCACCACCCCCUGCCGCCUCCCUCUGCCCCAAGAGCCUACAGAGUGGCCAACACAAAAUGAUUCUCAAAGGAAGAGGCCACUGGAGGGAGCCAGGCCUUAGACUGGUGGCCUCCCCACCCUGAGGGUGCCUGGCUCCCCAGGCAUGCCCUGCCCUGCCCCCAUCUAAUCUGUUCAGAUAAAUCCGAGUGGUUUUUUCUUCCA